ACGCGUCUUUAACCGGACAAAGCAUUUUCCCGCCACCACCAAACAUUACGAAAUGCAUAGGCUGUUCCAAACCAGCCAUGGAUAUCUCUCUUCUACCCUCAGAAACUACUUCAAUAACUCCAAAAUCCUCUCACCCAUUUCGCGAUUCCACGGCCGCAGCAAAAAUCCGGGUUCCAAUCCAAAGCUCGAUUUCGUUCUUGGCGAAGUUGAAGAGCUCCAGUCAUCGAAACCGGAGACCGGCGUUGCGCAAUCGGAACCGGAACCGGAAUCGGAAUCGGAAUCAGACGACGAACGUUCUGUCCAGAUUUCGCAUCCGUGGCCGGAGUGGGUGGACUUGAUGGAGUGCUUACUGAAGAGAGGAUACUUUGAUGGAGACGGAAACCCAUUUCGGAAUGGCGAAAUGGGUCACAAGGAAUCGAAAUGGAUAAGGACUGCGUGCCUUAAUUUUGCCCGGGAUCGAUAUGAUCUUAUAAGGUUUUUAUCGAGGAAAGACAUUCAGGUCAUUGCAGGAUGCGGAUGCCCAAGUCUAGACAGGAAAGUUGUGAAUUCAGGGAAGCGGCUAAGGGCACACGUGGGUGUCGAUGAAGGAGAUAUUUGCAGCUCCUGCAAUUUGCGAGGUGACUGCGAAAGGGCAUAUGUAAAGGCACAGGAAGACAAAGGUGGGCGGACCGUGGAUGUUAUGCGUUUCUUGUUAACGUAUGGGCUUGAUCCCAUCUCUGGUACAGUGGAAAACAAGCCGUGUCUCAACAAAAUGGUAAAAGAAUCGGUAAGAAGCCUGUUGAAGCAGAUGGUAGACUAUAGCAUGCGGGUCAUGGAUUUUCAUUCCCCUAAGUCAACAUUGGAAAAAGGUGUACCAGUGAACAUCCAUUCAAGUUCACAAGGAAAAGGCCACGUAAAUGUUCCGAUGAAGCAAGGCGACUGGCUCUGUCCCAAAUGCAACUUCCUAAACUUUGCCAAAAAUAUCAAGUGCUUGCGCUGUGAUGGUUUAUACCAAGAAAGACUGAAGCAACUCAGGGAGGAUCAGGAUCAUCUUCCGUUGAAGAAAGGGGACUGGAUAUGUGACAAAUGCAAUUUCUUGAAUUUCGCGAGGAACACAAAAUGCUUGCAAUGCAAAGAGAAUCCUCCAAAGCGGCAUCUUAAUCCAGGAGAAUGGGAAUGUCCAUCGUGCAACUACAUCAAUUUUAGGAGAAACAUGGUAUGCUUAAAAUGUGACCACAGAAGGCCAAAGGCAGCAAAUUCUUCCGAAAGUUCUGAAAACCAACUUGAAAAUGUAGGCUACCGGGAAAACAGUAGAGUGAGUUCUUUUCGUAGUGACCAUACCUAUGUCAACAUUCAAACGUCUUCAUGGCGACAUGGACAAAUCCAAAACAGUAGCGCAAACAUGCGGAGAUCUGUGGAAGAAAGUGAAGAACAUAGUUAUCCAAACUCAAUGAAUGAGGCUUCUGAUUUUGUAGAUUUUCCCAUUGCCGGCGGGUUAAGUGAUUUAUCUCGGGAUGCAGAAAAGAGAGAGAAAUGGAAGUUGGAGAUGAUAGACCGGAGUAAAGGUGUCUUUAAGGCCAAAAGUGAUGCUCAACCCACAUCUAUCAGUACUCAAAGAAGGUUAGAGUUACCAAAAUAUGCUGAUGAUGAAGAAAUGGCCGAAUGGUUCGGACCUGGAAAGUGAGGAAGAAAAAGCCUUGUGUCUCAAGAUUGAUUGAGAUUUGCUUGAGGUAAAUCGAAAUCAAAACUUUCUGUUUGUGAUAACCUUCUGAAAAAGAUUCACCAAGAAAAAUCCAGCAGUAACAGAAAUUGUUCCACCU